AUGCGACCGCUUCGAGGGGAGGAGCAGGGUCUCCUCGCCCGACCCCACGAUGACCUCUCUUCGCCGCUCUUGUCUCCCACACAGGAAGAUGGCCCCGCAGAGCCGCUCAUCAAGACAGGCGUCGAAGGUGCACCUGCUUGGAACCAGAUGUCGUCGAAACAACGCACUCUCGUCUACGUCACAUUUGGUUUGCUCGGUAUGGGCGUCCUUCUGCCCUUCAACUCGCUCAUCACGCCUGCAGAGUACUUCCGCUCGUCUUUUGCACAUACGCCGUACGCCAACACGUUCAGCAGCUGGAUCAACGUCUCGUACAACAUCAUUAGCAUCCUCGUCGGUGUCCAUGCUACGGCGACAGGUGGCUUUGAAAGGUCAAACCCCCGUCGAAGGAUCACCCUCUCGUCGAUUGCCGUCAUCCUUUCCGUGUUCUGCUUCGCCCUUUCUACCCGCGUCGGAAAUAUUGCCUCCCGCACCGGCCACCACGACGAUGGUCUCGCAUCAGCAGCGCACAGCAACACCUACUUUUACUUCACUCUGCUGCUUGGCGGAUUGCUCGCAAGCGCUGUCGCAUACUUUCAGAACAGUGUUGUCUCGCUCAGUACUGCAUUUGGCGGCGGCGGAUCCUUCAUGGGCUCGAUGCUGGCCGGACAAGGCGUAGUGGGAGUCGGCAUCAGCAUCUUUGGUUUCGCUUCGGCUUGGUUGCAGCAGGCGGUGCACGAUGAUGGCGCCUCUGCGGUCGAUGAAACGGCGCAAGCGACGUCGCGCAGCAUUGCUCGAGCUGCCACGCUGUUUUUUGGCAUGAACACCAUGCUCAUGAUGGUGGUAUUGGCUGCGUUCCUGUGGCUAGCCAAUACGCCGCUGUACACGCAGGUCAUGACCAAGCAGAUUGCAACCAUCGACAAGAUCCAAGAUGAGCGUGACGUGCGCGCCUCGCACGACGACGACGAUCUCGAAGACGGCGUCGACAACAGUGAACAUCCGAUGGUACAGAGCUGGCACUCGAUCCGCUCCAUCUCCCAUCCUGCCUACACCUCCUGGCUCCAAAAGAUGCCUGGCUUCUACAGCCUGUCACCCCCGAUGCGCGAGUCGCUGUUGCGUAUCUCGCUCGUCCAGUCCAAAGUCAAGUGGGACUGCGCUACCGUGGCGUUCGUCUUUGUGAUCACGCUGAGCAUCUUCCCGGCGCUCACAUCUUCGGUGCAGAGCGUCUACACCGGCUUGUCGCAAUCGGCGAGCAGCUCAAUUGAUCUGACUUCGCCGCAGCUGUUCGUACCCUUCCACUUCUUCCUUUUCAAUGCGUCGGAUCUACUGGGCAGGACGUUGCCGAGUGUGGUGCCGUCGUCGUUGAUACGCAAAGCACGAUCGCUAGUCUCGCUCUCGCUGCUUCGCUCGCUGUUUGUGCCGCUGUUUAUGGCGUGCAAUGCCGUGUCGACCAGUCAGAGGACGGGCCCGAUCAGCCGUGUCAAUGCCGGUGCGCAAAAUGGAUGGCUUGCCGGGCUGAUGCAGUCGAGCGAUGCACCCUUCUUCGCGUUGAUGCUGCUGUUUGGGUUUUCGAAUGGUCUGGUCAGCACUUGUACUAUGAUCUCGGGCCCAUCGAGGAGCAAGCUUGUCAACUCGAAAGGCGCGAGCGAGGGGCCACUGGCAGCCACAUUACUGUCCUUCUGGCUCUGUGUGGGACUGGCCAUCGGGAGCGCGUUGAGCUUCUUCACUGUCAAGGCGUAG